CAGCACACCGAGGGGCGCCAGACGUAUCCCGGCGUGCAUCGGGGAGCGCCCAAGGGCGAUGGUUCCCGGCUCCUGGAGGGGUACGCGAAGUUAAACCGGCUGGGAAAGCCAGUGUGACUAUGUGGUGACUACAGUUAUCUUACUACUGAGUAUCCCACUGGAAUCAUGGAGGAGAAACAGCAGAUUAUAUUGGCUAAUCAAGAUGGUGGGACAGUGGCAGGAUCAGCACCUACCUUCUUUGUCAUCCUGAAACAGGCAGGAAAUGGCAAAACAGAUCAAGGAAUUCUGGUUACUAACCGGGAUGCCUGUGCUUUGGCUACCAGUGUGUCAUCACCAGGAAAAUCUAAAGGGAAAAUUUGCCUUCCAGCUGAUUGUACUGUGGGAGGAAUCACUGUCACCUUGGAUAACAAUAGUAUGUGGAAUGAAUUCUAUCAUCGAAGCACAGAGAUGAUUCUGACCAAGCAAGGAAGACGCAUGUUUCCUUACUGUCGUUACUGGAUAACAGGUUUAGAUUCAAAUAUGAAGUACAUCCUUGUCAUGGAUAUUUCUCCUGUGGAUAACCAUCGUUACAAAUGGAAUGGUCGCUGGUGGGAACCCAGUGGGAAAGCAGAGCCCCAUGUUUUGGGAAGAGUUUUUAUUCAUCCAGAAUCUCCUUCCACAGGUCAUUAUUGGAUGCAUCAACCAGUAUCUUUCUAUAAACUCAAACUUACCAACAAUACAUUGGACCAAGAAGGGCAUAUUAUUUUGCACUCUAUGCAUCGGUACCUGCCAAGGCUUCAUUUGGUACCUGCAGAAAAGGCUACUGAAGUGAUACAACUAAAUGGCCCUGGUGUCCACACGUUUACCUUCCCACAGACUGAAUUCUUUGCAGUAACAGCUUAUCAGAACAUACAGAUUACCCAGCUGAAAAUAGAUUACAAUCCAUUUGCUAAAGGCUUCCGGGAUGAUGGGUUGAACAGUAAGCCCCAGAGAGAUGGAAAGCAAAAGAACAGCUCUGACCAAGAAGGGAAUAGUGUUCCCAGUUCUCCUGGUCAACGGACCCGUCUCACAGAAAGUGAAGGGUCAGAGGUACAGCUGACUGAUUCAGAUCCUUUAUCGAGGGGUCAUGAAACAUCAAGCAAGGGUUUGGAGAAACCUUUCCUUAAUAUAAAUCGAGAUUUUCUUGGUUUUAUGGAUAUUGAUUCAUCACUUGGUGAAGUUACUCAGUUUAAGCAAGAGGUUUCUGAAAGACUUGUUGCCAACAAUUUUGAAGACGGUUCCCAUGUAGCAUCACCAUUAGACCCAAAUGGAAACUUCAAUGUUGUCAUUAAAGAGGAACCUUUAGAUGAUUACGAUUAUGAACUUGGUGAGUUUCCAGAAGGGGUCACUGUGAAACAGGAAGAAACAGAUGAGGAAACAGAUGUAUACUCAAACAGUGAUGAUGAUCCUAUACUAGAGAAACAACUGAAGAGGCACAAUAAAGUUGAUAGCCUAGAAGCUGACCAUCCAUCUUCUAAAUGGCUACCAAAUAGCCCAUCAGGUGUUGCUAAAGCUAAAAUGUUCAAAUUAGAUGCUGGAAAGAUGCCAGUAGUCUAUCUGGAGCCCUGUGCUGUUACCAAAAGCACAGUGAAAAUUUCCGAGCUCCCUGAUAACAUGCUUUCUCUAUCUCGGAAGGAUAAAGCCUCCUUGUUGACAGAAUUAGACUAUUUGCCUACGUACAUUGAAAAUUCCAAUGAGACUGGUUUCUGCUUAGGCAAGGAAUCAGAAAAUGGUCUUGGAAAACAUUCACCAGAUCUUGGAGUGGCACAAAAAUGUUCUUCACUUAAAGAGCCUCAGUGGAAAUUUCCUGAUAUUUCUGACAGCAUGAAUACAGGAAGAAUACCUGACAAUUCAAAGAGUUUAGCUGGGGAUUCAUUUUUAGGAAAAGAGGACUUGGGCAGAAGGAAAACAACUAUGCUCAAGAUUUCAACAGCUCCCAAGACUGUGAAUCCUAAUCAUAAUGUUCCUCCAAAUGUCACUGGAAAAAGAGGAAGGCCACGAAAAUUGAAACUCUCUAAAGCAGGGCGACCACCUAAAAAUACAGGAAAAUCUUUAACUUCUACAAAGAGUAUUCCAAUGGGCCCUGGGAGUACCUUUCCAGAUGUGAAGCCUGAUCUGGAAGACGUGGAUGGUGUUCUUUUUGUUUCCUUUGAAUCGAAGGAAGCUCUAGACAUUCAUGCAGUUGAUGCGACAACAGAAGAACCCUCUAGUCUUCAGGCAUCAACCACAAAUGACCCAGGUUGCAGAGCAAGAAUUUCCCAGUUGGAAAAGGAAUUGAUAGAAGAUUUGAAGGCCUUGAGGCACAAGCAAGUGAUACAUCCUGGUCUUCAAGAAGUGGGCUUAAAAUUGAAUUCAGUGGAUCCAACAAUGAGCAUUGAUCUUAAAUACUUGGGAGUACAGCUGCCUUUGCCUCCAGCCACUAGCUUUCCUUUCUGGAACCUUACAGGAACCAACCCAGCCUCUCCUGAUGCUGGAUUUUCCUUUGUUUCUAGAACUGGAAAGACCAAUGACUUCACCAAGAUCAAGGGAUGGAGGGGAAAGUUUCAUGGUGCUUCUGCAUCUAGAAAUGAAGGUGGAAAUUCAGAAGGUCCACUGAAAAACCGUUCUGCUUUCUGCAGUGAUAAGCUAGAUGAGUACUUGGAAAAUGAAGGCAAGCUGAUGGAAACAAGCAUGGGUUUCUCUUCUAAUGCUCCCACAUCUCCUGUGGUAUACCAGCUUCCCACUAAGAGUACCAGCUAUGUACGAACACUUGAUAGUGUACUAAAGAAACAAUCUACCAUUUCCCCUUCUACCUCUUACUCUUUGAAGCCUCAUUCUGCACCCACUGCCUCUCGAAAGGCAAAGUCUCAAAACAAACAGGCAACUUUCAGUGGCCGAACUAAAUCAUCUUACAAAUCCAUUUUGCCAUACCCUGUUUCACCAAAGCAGAAACAUAGUCAUACUGUUCCAGGAGAUAAGGUUACCAAGAAUUCUUCUAGCACCAUCUCAGAAAAUCAGGUGAAUAGCUUUGUUGUGCCAACUUUAGAUGAAAAUACAUUCCCAAAGCAAAUUAGUUUGCGGCAGGCACACCAGCAGCAGCAGCAGCAGCAGCAACAGGGGACUCGCCCUCCAGGCUUAUCUAAAUCUCAAGUGAAGCUAAUGGACCUGGAAGAUUGUGCACUUUGGGAAGGAAAACCAAGGACCUAUAUUACUGAAGAGCGAGCAGAUGUAUCUUUAACAACUCUGCUUACGGCUCAAGCAUCUCUCAAAACUAAACCCAUCCACACAAUCAUAAGGAAACGAGCCCCUCCAUGCAAUAAUGACUUCUGUCGAUUGGGUUGCAUAUGUUCCAGUCUAGCUUUGGAGAAGCGCCAGCCUGCUCACUGCCGCAGACCAGACUGUAUGUUUGGCUGUACUUGUUUGAAAAGAAAAGUUGUACUUGUUAAAGGGGGAUCCAAAGCUAAGCAUUUCCAGAGGAAGGCUGCUCAUCGUGAUGCAGCAUGUUACGAUACUUUGGGAGACGAGCAAAGAGAAGAAGAGGGAGUCAGGGAAGAGGAAGAACAAUUGAAAGAGAAAAAGAAGAGAAAGAAGCUGGAGUAUACUAUAUGUGAAACAGAGCCUGAACAGCCCGUUCGACAUUAUCCAUUAUGGGUGAAAGUAGAAGGUGAAGUAGAUCCAGAGCCAGUUUAUAUUCCAACACCUUCUGUCAUUGAGCCUACGAAACCAUUAUUGUUGCCUCAGCCGGAAAUUUCGUCUACUACUGUCAAGGGCAAACUGCUGACUGGAAUUAAACCUGCACGAUCAUAUACUCCCAAACCUAAUCCUGUGAUUCGAGAAGAGGACAAGGAUCCCGUCUACUUGUACUUUGAAAGUAUGAUGACUUGUGCCCGAGUUCGAGUAUAUGAACGAAAAAAGGAGGAACAGACACAGCUGUCACCAUCCCCAUCAUUUCAGCAGCCUAGCUCAUGUCAUUCUAGUCCCAAGAACUAUAGUGCAAAGGAGCUUGAUGCUGAACAGCAGCCCUUGAAACCAAUUACUUGUGAUCUGGAGGAUGAUCCUGAUAAAUCACAAGAAAAGAGCUGGAAGUCUUCCUGUAACGAAGGGGAAUCCUCUUCUACCUCCUAUGUGCAUCAGAGGUCACCUGGUGGUCCCACCAAACUGAUAGAAAUCAUCUCAGACUGCAACUGGGAGGAGGAUAGGAACAAGAUUUUGAGCAUCUUAUCUCAGCACAUCAAUAGCAACAUGCCACAAUCACUUAAGGUGGGCAGCUUCAUCAUUGAGUUGGCUUCUCAGCGAAAGAGCCGGGGUGAGAAGAACCCCCCUGUUUAUUCUUCUCGUGUGAAAAUCUCUAUGCCAUCAUGUCAAGACCAAGAUGAUAUGGCUGAGAAAUCUGGAUCAGAGACUCCUGAUGGUCCAUUAUCCCCUGGGAAAAUGGAUGAUAUCUCUCCUGUGCAGACAGAUGCCCUGGAUUCAGUGAGGGAGAGAUUACAUGGAGGCAAAGGUCUGCCCUUUUAUGCAGGGCUUUCUCCUGCAGGAAAGCUUGUGGCCUAUAAACGUAAACCCAGUUCAAGCACAUCUGGGCUUAUCCAGGUUAAUGGUAAGAGUUACCCGCAGGCUAAGUUGCUAUUGGGACAGAUGGGGGCAUUGCAUCCAGCCAAUAGGCUAGCUGCUUAUAUCACAGGCAGGUUGCGACCCUCAGUCCUGGACCUCUCAACCCUCAGUACUGUCAUCUCCAAGGUAGCAUCCAAUGCCAAGGUGGCUGCAUCCAGGAAACCUCGUACCCUGUUGCCUUCAACAUCCAAUUCCAAAAUGGCAUCCUCCUCCGGCACUACAACAAAUCGCCCUGGGAAGAAUCUGAAGGCAUUUGUCCCAGCAAAAAGACCAAUUGCGGCUCGACCCUCUCCUGGUGGUGUGUUCACACAGUUUGUGAUGAGUAAAGUUGGAGCCCUGCAGCAGAAGAUACCUGGAGUUAGCACACCCCAACCCCUAACAGGGCCACAGAAGUUCAGUAUCAGACCUUCUCCAGUAAUGGUCGUCACACCUGUGGUUUCUUCUGAGGCAGUCCAGGUGUGCAGCCCUGUGACUGCUGCUGUCACUACUACCACCCCUCAAGUAUUUUUAGAGAAUGUUACUGCUGUGACACCUAUGACUGCUAUUUCUGACAUGGGAACUAAAGAAACUACUUAUCCUUCUGGUGCCACCACUGCAGGGGUUGUUGAGGUCUCUGAAACUAAUACCAGCACCCCUGUAACAUCUCCCCAGUCUACAGCCACUGUGAACCUUAUCAAAACGACUGGGAUAACUACCCCUGUGGCUUCAGUUACUUUUCCUAAGUCUUUGGUAACAUCUCCUCCAACCAUAACUCUUCCUGUUGCUUCCACUGCCUCCACCUCCAUAGUCGUGGUGACCACAGCUGCAUCUUCCUCCAUGGUGACCACACCAACUUCAUCUCUUGGCUCUGUUCCCAUUAUACUCUCAGGAAUUGAUGGGAGUCCACCAGUGAGCCAGAGACCAGAAAAUGCCCCUCAGAUUCCAGUUGCUACUCCGCAGGUUUCUCCUAACCCAGUGAAACGUGCCGGACCUCGAUUAUUGUUGAUUCCAGUGCAUCAGGGUUCCCCUACUCUUAGACCUGUCUCAAACACACAACUUCCAGGACAUCGGAUGGUUUUGCAGCCUAUUAGGAGCCCAAGUGGAAUGAACCUUUUCAGGCACCCUAAUGGGCAGAUUGUCCAGCUCCUCCCUUUACAUCAGCUUCGAAGCUCUAAUACCCAGCCCAACUUACAGCCUGUCAUGUUUCGGAACCCAGGGUCUGUGAUGGGAAUCCGGUUACCCACUCCUUCCAAGCCUUCAGAGACUCCACCAUCUACUGCUUCAUCCUCUACUUACUCUGUUAUGAGUCCUGUAAUUCAGGCUGUUGGGUCUUCUCCAGCAGUGAAUGUUAUCACUCAGGCACCACCAUUGCUUUCUUCUGGACCUAGCUUUGUGUCUCAGUCUGGUACAUUGACCCUGAGGAUUUCCCCUCCUGAACCAAGCUUUGCAAGUAAAACAGGCUCUGAAACCAAAAUAACUUACAGCUCAGGAGGGCAGCCUGUUGGUACAGCCAGCCUCAUUCCUCUCCAGUCUGGUAGUUUUGCCUUGUUGCAGCUUCCAGGACAAAAGCCUGUUCCCAGCUCCAUUCUUCAACAUGUAGCUUCUCUUCAGAUGAAGAGAGAGUCCCAAAAUGCAGACCAGAAAGAUGGAACAAGCUUUUUAAAAAGAGAACAGGAAACUAAGAAGUCUCUGCAGUCAGAAGGAGAAGCUAUAGACUCUGAGGCUAAUGUAAUAAAGCAAAACUCAGGAACAACUGCCUCAGAAGAAACCCUGAAUGAUUCCUUGGAAGAUGGGGGUGAUCAUUUAGAUGAAGAAUCUCUUGCAGAAGAAGGUCCUGUUAAGCCUUCUGAGCACUCCUGUAUCACUGGGUCACAUACAAGUGAAGACUAUAAAGAUGUCAGUGAAGAUGGGAUUGGGAAUCAUAACAGUUCCAAAGAAAAACUGACUCUUCUAGAUGUUAAGACCAUUUCUGAAAGAGCCUGUAAUAUGACAGUCCAAAGUAUAAGUAAUGUGCAGCCCAAAAAACUUGGUAAUGUGAAAGUGGAACAGCACAGUUUAGAGGAAAAAUCAAAUACAUUUCCAACCAUCUCUAAGGAAGACUGUAAACUUGAAUUAUCAGGGAGUAUAGUUGUGGAGGAGCAUCAGUGUAAUCCACAGCCAGAGGCCAAGGAGAAGGGACAUGGAGACUCUCUAAUGGACAGUCUUAGGGAGAGAUGGAGAAAACACCUGAAGGGCCCUUUGACCCAAAAAUGUGUUGGAACUUCACAAGAGUGCAAGAAAGAGGCAGAUGAACAGUUAAUUAAAGAAAGAAAGAAUUGUCGGGAAAAUUCAGAUGUGUUUCAACAAGAACAACACAUCUCUGAUUUACUUGGAAAGAGUGGAACUACUGAGAAUACCAGAGUUUUAAAAACUGAAUGUGAUUCUUGGAGUAGGAUUUCUAGUUCUGCAGCCUUCUCCAUUGUUCCUAGGAGAGCUACAAAAGGGAGCAGAGGGGAAGGACAUUUUCAAGGUCACUUACUGCUAUCAAGAGAACAGAUAGAACCAAAGCAAGAGAAGAAGGGUGGGAGAAGCAGUGCUGACUUCAGUGUUUUGGAUUUGGAAGACGACGACGACGAAGAUGAGAAUGAGAAAACCGAUGAUUCUAUUGAUGAGAUUGUGGAUGUUGUUUCUGACUACCAGAGUGAGGAGGUUGAUGAUGUAGAAAAGAAUAACUGUGUAGAAUUCAUUGAGGAUGAUGAGGAGCAAGUGGACAUUGAGACUGUGGAAGAACUCUCUGAGGAAAUUAAAGUUGACCACAUGAAGACCACAGCUGCCCACACACAGACUUUUAAACAGACAUGCCGUACCCAUAUGUCUGCAGAUGAAAAAGCUGCUGAAAGGAGUCGAAAGGCUUCACCAGUGCCUCUAAAACUGAAGCCUGAUUACUGGAGUGAAAAAUUACAGAAAGAAGCAGAAGCUUUUGCUUAUUAUCGCCGCACACACACUGCCAAUGAGCGGCGCCGGCGUGGUGAGAUGAGGGAUCUCUUUGAGAAAUUGAAGAUCACAUUGGGGUUACUUCAUUCUUCCAAAGUUUCCAAAAGUCUCAUUCUUACUAGGGCAUUCAGUGAAAUUCAGGGACUGACAGAUCAGGCUGACAAGUUGAUAGGACAGAAAAAUCUCCUGACUCGAAAACGGAAUAUUUUGAUACGGAAAGUAUCAUCUCUUUCAGGUAAGACAGAAGAAGUGGUCCUGAAGAAGCUAGAGUAUAUUUAUGCAAAACAACAAGCACUAGAGGCACAAAAAAGAAAAAAGAAGAUGGGAUCAGAUGAGUUUGAUGUGUCUCCCAGAACUAGCAAACAACAGGAAGGAUCUUCUGCAUCACCUGUAGAUCUUGGACAGAUAUUUAUAAAUAACAGGAAGGGGAAACCUUUGAUUCUUUCCAGAAAAAGAGACCAGGCCACAGAAAACACCUCGCCCUCUAAUACUCCACACACCUCUGCCAACAUUGUGAUGACUCCACAAGGGCAAUUGCUCACCUUAAAAGGUCCCCUAUUCCCAGGACCAGUGGUAACUGUUUCUCCUGCUCUAUUAGAAGCGGAUCUGAAGCCUCAAGUUGCCAGCAGUUCUGUGGCUCAAUCAGAAAACGACGACUUAUUUAUGAUGCCAAGAAUUGUUAAUGUGACAUCACUGGCCACUGAGGGGGGUUUGGUAGACAUGAGUGGCAGCAAGUAUUCUCAUGAAGUUCCUGAUGGCAAUCUACCUGACCACCUGAAAAACACUCUCAGGAAUGAAGAUAACACCUUUGAAGAUUCAGGUAGACUCUCUUCCAGAGGCAGCCAUAGAGAUGGUAGAAUGGCAUUGGGUCCAACACAGGUUUUCCUGGCAAAUAAAGAUUCUGGUUUUCCACAAAUAGUUGAUGUAUCCAGUAUGCAGGAAGCACAAGAGUUAUUACCCAAAAGGAUUUCUGGUGAUAUGAGAGGGAUUCAGUAUAAAUGGAAAGAGAGUGAAUCAAGACGGGAGAGACUGAAGCCAAAGGAGUCUUCAUUCCAUAAAUUAAAAAUGAAAGAUCUCAAAGACUCAAGCAUAGAGAUGGAACUAAGAAAGGCAGCAUCAGCUAUAGAAGAAGCGGCACUGGAUCCCAGUGAACUGCUAACUAAUGUGGAAGAUGAGGAUGAUACUGAUGAGACACUGACUUCUCUGCUCAAUGAGAUUGCCUUUCUUAAUCAGCAACUAAAUGAUGACUCUGUUAGCCUGGCGGAACUGCCUGGCUCUAUGGAUACAGAGUUCCCAGGGGAUGCUCGACAGGCUUUUAUCAGUAAGCUUCCUCCUGGGAACAGAGCAAGUUUCCAGGUUGGCCACUUGGGAACUGGUUUGAAAGAGUUGCCUGAUGUACAAGGGGAGAGUGAUUCUGCCAGUCCUCUCCUCUUGCACUUGGAAGAUGAUGACUUUUCUGAGAAUGAAAAACAAAUUGCAGAACCAUCCUCUGAGCCAGAUGUCCUUAAGAUCGUUAUUGACUCUGAGAUAAAGGAUUCCCUUCUUUCCCACAGGAAAGUCAGUGAUGGAGGGAAGAGUACUUCUGGUGUCCCCGCAGAGCCUGACAAUGUUUCCUCACCCCCCAUUUUACACAUGAAGGCUGGCCUAGAGAACAGCAGUACAGAAACUUUGUGGAGGCCUAUGCCAAAGCUGGCACCUCUAGGAUUAAAAGUAGCUAAUCCUUCCAGUGAUGCAGAUGGUCAGAGUGUCAAGGUGAUGCCUUGUUUGGCACCUGUAGCUGCCAAAGUUGGGUCAGUUGGACACAAAAUAAACUUAACAGGGAACGACCAGGAGUGCCGGGAGAACAAGGUGAUGCCUACAUUGGCACCCGUUGUGCCCAAAUUGGGCAACUCUGGGUCCUCACCAAGUUCUGCAGGGAAAUGAACUAACUUGUCCUCAAGCAGAAGCCAGUCUGUGAGGAGAUACCUUUUUCUGCUGGCAUCUGUUUGUUUGUGUCAUGGAACUGUGAUCCUUGACUCUGAUGCAGUAGACAGUGGUAGAGAAAGGGGUAGGGUGCUGACCUGGGAUUAAGAAAUUACUACUAUGAAAUUCUGAUCAUGUUAAAAAUGUGUUACCUCACUUGCGGUGCUGGGUCUCCUCAUCCACCCUAAGAAGAUGUGAUCCAUUACUGAACAUGAGGUGCCCCUCUUACCCAAGAAA